UCUCCGUUCAUAUAAAAUAAGAAAGCGCGGGCCAGUUUCAUCAUUCAAAAAAGCUGCCAGUGAGAAAGUGUUAAUCUGUAUCAAAAGUUAUCAGUGAGAGCGAGCGAGUUUUGUCUUUAUUUUUGAGAGUGGCGUUGAUUGGCGAUAGAGAAUUUAUUUUUUGCGCCUGUAAUUUUUUUUUAAUUACAAUAUUUUGAUUUUUUUAUUUACGAUAUGAAGUCAGUGGUAGCCGUUUGUGCCGUGCUGGUGGUCAUGGUUUUUGGUUUCAACCACGUGGUGGCUAGACCUAACAACAGAAUUAAGAGGGUCUCAGAUUCACACUUAGCAGACUUAGAGACCAAAAUUGCAAUGAAUAACAGGAUUAAGGGAUUCGCCAUUACAAUGCCAAUCGGUGGAGGAAAAAUAGAUCCCUUACAGAUUGGGAGACGCAGACGAUCAGGGGCAGAAUCCAGGUUCCUGAAACCGCUAUUCCAACAAGUUUCAUCGGAAGAAGACACCGGUGAAGAUUAUGAAUACCCAUACAGUAACUUCAACGGUUAUAAUAAUUAUCUACUGUAGAAACAAACUAAGCAUAAUUCAGCAAUGUUUCAGCAAAAUAUAUCAUUUCAAAGCAAUGAAUAUUCAAAUAACCCAGAUGUUAUAAAAAUGUUUAUGUAAUAUCUUUAAAGUAAUAUGUGAUCGAUUUCAAAAAUCGAUUGAGAAGGGAGAAAGACAAGUAAUUGUUAGAUAUAUUUAUUUGAUAUAAAUUCAUUUAUUAUAAAUACUUUUUAAAUUUUAUAAAAGUUUAGAAAAGGUUUAAAGUAUUAACAAAUAAAUUGUUUGAAGCAAUUUUUUUGAAAUCAAAAUUUAGCUUUAAUAAAUAUUUGAUCAUUAGAGUUAAAUUUUGAUUUUAAAAAAUCGCUUCAAACAAUUUCUUUGUUGAUACUUUUUCUAACCCUUGUAAAUAAUGUACUAAUUACUUUUAAAAGUAAUGGUCUUGUAGAAAUCUUAUUUAGAGCGUAAAUCAUUUAAUAUCAAUAUAUAUUGUUUACAAAUAGUUGUUUACAAUACUUUUCCUACAACUACAAAUUUCAUUAAAAAUAUAUAAAUUCUUAGAGGUUGCAAAAGACAACGCACGCUUAUAUUUUUGUGCUGGGAAAUAUAAGUUUUUUUUUUAAUACUAUAAAGGUAAGUAUAGUGCAAGCAAUAUCAUUAAAAAUUAUGCAUUUAUUCUAUAAAAUGUGUAAAGUUUUAGAAUAUGCAAGCGCUAUUUAAUAAUAUUUUUUAAUGGAAUACUGUACAGGGAAAUGAAAGUAGACAUGCUUUAAGCUUGACAACUACAUAAUCUAUGAACUGUUUUUAAACGAAAAAUUUAGAUAGAAAAUUUUUAUUAUCAGGUUUAUAGAUUUCUUAUAAAUAUAUCUUAAUAGAUUAACAAAAACAAUAACUUAGUGUUUGUCCCUUCCAAAUAUACCUACUUCUCGUUAAAAUUAUACAUAAGCAAAAGUUUUGUUUCCACAACGUUUUGCAUGGAACAAUUUAUAGAAUAUCAAGAUUAAAUCAGAUAUAUUCAAUCAGGCAAAUUCACACAUACAGAUUCGGAAAAAGUUUAUGGUUGGUAUUACAAAAUUAGCGAGCUUUCUGACAAAGAUACUAACAUUACGUUUUUGUUUAAUAGACGAAGGUCACACCCAUAUUAGCUUCUAGUCUCCUUUCCACAUUCUGUAUGAACGCCCAUCAGUUACGCCGAACGAUAAAGCCGAUUUUUUCCGAUCCAAUUUUACUCUUCAAAGUAAUAUAUCUAUCUAUGUUUUAUUUAAUUUCAUUUUUAUAGAACUAAUCUUAUAUUCACACCUACUACUUCCAAAAAGUCUAAAUUAAAAUAUUUAGGCCUGGAUCCCGCGUACCAUAAAAAAAGUUGAUUAAUAUUUGUUAAUGGUUUAACGGUGUCUAGUCGUACAAACUUUGAUGUAUGAGAACACUGGAACAGGGGAAGUUUUAAUUACGAAAACGUCCCAUGUACUUUGUCGAACACAACCUCCAAUUUAUUUGUUACCCUUUCAUUAAACUCUCAUGCAAAAAUCAGACAGCUUUACUAACCAACAUGAUUCUUGUUGUUUGAUAUGUUCUUCGUGUUCCACUCAUUAAAAUGCCCAGUUGGUGAUCAACACCAGUCUGAUUUUUGCAUGAGAGUUUAACGAAAUGGUAACAAAUCAAUUGGAAGUUCUGUUCGACAAAAUACAUGGUACGUUUUCGUAGUCUGACGUUUAAAAUUUUUAACCUGUUUCACAAUUAAAACUUCUCCUGUUCCAGUGUUCCCAUUCAUCAAAGUUUGGCCCACUGGACACCGUUAAGCUAUUAACAAAUUUUCAGCUUGCUAUUAAUCAACUUUUUUUGGGUAUCCGGGAUCCAGGUCUAAAGAUAUAUCUUAAAGGUAUUCUUUGGAAAAUACCAAAUAAUAUUUUUAAUAAAAGACGUGAUUUUUCGCCCACGUAAAUCUUACUUCAGUACAUCCUGCCGUGAAUGAUCAGAAAAUACUGAAUUAACAUUUAAAAUUCAUUUUUAGUAACAGAACUAAAAGACCAGUGGCCCCUCCUAUCAAAUCAAGCUCUAGGGGAGAUCAUGACUCAACGAUGCCAUUUAAUAUUUUUCGGUAGCUUUUUUUCUGUGGCAUCAAAUCGUUCUCAGAGUUCAAAACACUAACAAAUUGUACUUAUUAGUGUCGUUAAUGAAUCUUCUGAACGUUCUUGUACAAAUUUUUACCUUUUUAAUGACUGACUAUUUCCUAUAAACCUUUGCUUAACAAUUAACUAGUAAAAUACAAAUAUUCAGAUUUCUGGUACCAGAAAGUUUCAAGUGUUACUAGUGGGUUAAUUUUGACAAGAAGUACAAUUAGUAAAUUUCAGUAUUAUAUUGUAAAAUCUCUAGUCCAUAUAUUUAUUUUUAUCAAUGUAAAAUGUUAAAAAUAUAAGUAUAUAUUAUUAUUAGCUAAUUUAUUUUGUCGUAUUGUGCUUUUUGUAGAUAAUUUUUUAAGGGGGAGGUUGGAAAAUAGGUAUUCAAGUCAAUAUUUUUUUUGACUGUAUUAUUUUUUAGGUUUUUUAAGUACUUUUAAUUAAGUAUGUUUAUUUAAUUAACUUAUAUUUUUUAUAAUUUUUGUAUGUAAUAAAAUGUUUUAUUAAUAUCAA